AUGGAGGCGCACGGGGAAGGGAUCCUGUCCAAGGACCUGCAGACGGAGGUCAUCUGCGUGGCGGACCCGGGCCGCAGCGAGGCCGAGCUGGCUUUCCAGGUGUACAAGAUGCUGGACGGGAACGAGGCCUUCAGCAACGUGUCCGAAUACCACAUGGUGCCAGUCCAGGCUGCCGACGGCUCUAUCGUUGGCGUCCAGGUGACCGGCAUACAGAGAGGCGCUGAUGGCGACGUUGGUGGCGACAGUAUCCUUCCCAUGCAGUUGAUUGAGUUUCACAAUGUGGAAGAAGCCGAGCAGCCUCAAGCCGAGCAGCCGCUGCCAGAGCCAAGUGUGACCUCUGCCGAACCCCCUGUGGCUGACCCUGGUCUGUCCGAGGCUGCUCAGGAGUUGGAGGAUGGCCAUGACAAUUCACAGAUAUGUGCUGCUGCGCCAGAGGAAACUUCUGAGCAAGAGGAGCCGACCCCGCAACCGGCUGCAGGCGUGGAGAAGAAAGAACUGAAGACUCUGUACCGGUGCGGUCAGUGCCAGUUCAGCUCCCUAAUGCUAUCCACUAUGAGGCGUCACCUGCGCAGACAUUCCAAUGAACACAUUUGCAGUGUUUGCAAGAAAGCUUUUCCCAACGCCAGAGAACUUCGGCUCCAUGUCAGUGCUCACAUGGGCAUCCGGCCACACAAGUGUAAAGACUGUGACAUGACUUACAGAACAGCGUCAGACCUCCUGCGCCAUACCAGAUCUGCACAUACACUCGAGAAACCCUUCAAGUGCUGCUACUGUGAUUAUUCAAGUGUGGAGGCCAAUAGGAUGAAGAUUCACAUCCGGUCUCACACCGGGGAGCGGCCGUUUAUGUGUGGCGAGUGCUCUUUUGCGACGACGGACGCUUUCAAACUGCGAAGGCACAUGAGAACACAUACAGGUGAGAAGCCGUACAAUUGCCAUGUGUGCCAGGCCCGGUUCACGCAGAACGCCAGCCUGAAGAUGCACAUGUUAAGGAAACAUACUGAGAAUGUGCAGAAGGAGCGCUGCCUCAUCUGUAACGCAGUACUGUUCGGGAAGAACGACGUAAAGGUUCAUAUCCGCAAGCAGCACACCUACCUGGAGGACCCGAUCAAGUGCCGUCUGUGCUCUGAGGAGUUUCACGAGCGCUAUCUUUACCGGCAGCAUCUGGAGAGCCACAGGAGCCGAAAGACGCUGGAGCUGAAAUCCGGCAAGCAAAGCUUUGAGGCUUACGAGUUGGAUGAGCAAGAAGCGGAGAUCUCCACCACUGAAGACGGAGUGUCUUGGAACAUCAUGCCAAGCGCAGGGGAGGCGCAGUUGUUUCUGAACUAUCAGGAGGGGGAGCAGCCGCACGCUGUGACGGAGCUGCACAGCAUUCCCAUGCAGACGGCGGAUGGCAGCAUCGUGCAGGCCAUAGUGCUGCAGAGCGGAGAGCAAGUGGACGCAGAGGCCAUGCAUGCCGAGGUGUACGAGGUGCGAGAUCUGGCCCAAGUCCUUCAGCCCCUAGUGGAGCAACAGUCCUCGGAGCCCAUAGUCCUAGCACUGGAUUCUGUUAAUCAGGAUGCACAGAGUGCAGAGCAGCUGGUAAGGAAACGCGAAAAUCAAAGAUUAUUUUGA